GCGGUGUUUACACAGACAGGUACUUCGCUGCGAUAAUAUUCAUUUCUGCAUAAGGGAUAUUUGAUUAACAAUGGCAGGAGUGGUAAUGCUGCCCAAGGAAUUCGGAUACGUCGCCAUUGUCCUCGUUCUGUACACAUUUCUCAACUUUUGGAUGAGCUUUCAAGUCGGCAAAGCGCGCAGGAAGUAUAAGGUUUAUUACCCGACGAUGUACGCCAGUGAAUCUGAGAACAAAGAUGCCAGUCUUUUCAAUUGUGUUCAGAGAGGUCACCAGAAUUCCCUGGAAAUGAUGCCAAUAUUUUUCAUGUUGAUGAUAUUGGGAGGAAUUCAGCACCCUGUGAUAUCUGCAUCAUUGGGAGUCCUUUACACCGUCACUCGGUAUUUCUAUUUCAAAGGCUACUCCACUGGUGAUCCUAAGAACCGUCUUUCUAUUGGGAAAUACGGGUUCUUGGCACUGCUGGGGCUUAUAAUUUGCACGAUAUCGGGUGCGGUGCAUAUGCUUUCUGCUUGAAGCAUGACUUGAUCUGAUCUUCUUUCUUCUUCUACUUGGUCUAAAGACUUGGUGCGGUUUCUUAACCCAUUUUCUUCAUUUUUCAUGCAUGUUAGUUGUUGUGUUUUUGGGUUGUGAGGACUCAUCAGACCUAUUUCUUGCACCCCUGAAUUAGAGAGAAUGUUGAUGGUCAAGUUAAAGUUGUCUAUUUCGUUUUGGCAAUAAAAUAACAACUUAAUCAA